AUAAAAUUUGUGUUCGCCCUUUUUACAGACCCUCCCGCAUGAGUGAUUGACUGUUUUUUGUUUGCUUAUCUUUAUCGUUUUGACAAGGCCUAUAUCAAGAGGCUUUACUGCCUGUAUCCCUCCUUCACCACACAGUGGCAUCCAUACACUUUAAUGACUUCCAAAGUAACAUUGCCCAUUGUUAUGCUCGCCUCUGGCGUAGCUAACACUGUUCUUUCAAAAUACCAAGACUUGUUAGCAGAAGAAAAUGGACCUGUUAAAAGUGUAGCUAUAUUCCAAAGCUUAAAUAUCUUUAUGGGUGAAGCCUGUCUCUGGUUCUAUGUUAUUUGGAAUCGCUGGAAGAACCGUUUUGGUUACGCUCCUGUAAAACCUUUGACUACAGGCCAGAAGAUGUCAAUGGCCAUUCCAGCCUUUAUGGACAUUUGUGGUUCUACCCUUAUGAACGUUGGACUCCUUUUCACUAGUGCUAGCGUUUAUCAAAUGACCAGGGGAUCUCUAAUUAUUUUUGUUGCGUUGUUCUCCAUGCUGUUCUUGCAAAAGCGUCUCACCCUUCAACGGUGGCUUUGUUUGGCAUUUGUUGUCUUGGGUGUCGCAAUUGUAGGCUAUUCUGGCUCCUCAGUAAAUGCCGGUGUUGAUCCUACACUCGGGCUUGUUGCCAUUUUGGUCGGCCAAAUGUUUUUAGCUACUCAGUUCACUGUUGAGGAGUACCUCUUGUCUUCCAUCGACAUCGAACCAAAUGAGGUUGUGGCCUAUGAAGGCACAUUCGGCGUCAUCUUUGUGUUGAUCAUUAUGGUUGUUUCUUAUAUCUUUGUUGGUAGAACUCCUGAAGGCAAAAACGGUUGGUUUGACUUUACCCAUGUAUUCCACAGAUUCAACGAAGAGCCAAUGCUCUAUGUUAUUUCCGGUGUUAUUCUUAUUUCCAUUGCUUUCUUUAAUGCUCUGGUUUAGCUAUCACUAAACUUUUCUCAGCAACGACGCGUUCGCUGCUGGAUAUCGCAAGAACAUUUGGCAUUUGGAUCAUAGCUUUGAUUAUGGGAAUGGAGAGUUUCCAUCUUCUCCAACUCAUUGGUUUCACUAUCUUGAUUUACGGUAUCCUUACUUACCAUGAUAUCCUUCCCUUCUUGAAUGUACGCAAGAAAGAAAGUGUGGUUUAGAAUAAUCCAUCUACCGCUCGUGCUUCUGUUGUUCUCUUGUUUUAUAAUGUUCUUUCUAACAUGAUGACUAACUGCUUUAUGUAUACAGACCUGUGUAUAAUUUCGUAAUAAUUUUAGUAAAUGAAUAACCCAACCUUCUAAGAAAAAGAAAAGAAUGUAUUUCAUCUAUA